AUGUCACAACCACAAAUUCCAGCAAUCAGCAGUGAAUUUCUAACGGUCAAAAGUUUCAAGGAAGUCGCACAACAAGAUGCUAAGGCAGCUGGCUUUGCUUUUAGUUGCACAAUGGGAGACGAAUAUAGAAAUAAUCACGAGAUUACUGAAGAAACUCGAAAAAGAAAAAAAUUUACAAAAUGUCAAAACUGUUCUGUCAUUUUAUGGGCUGUUUUGAAUGAGGAUGCUGGCGUUUGGAUG